CACAUAACUUUUGAAAGAGGAACAAAAAAAUAUCAGGUUUCAGGCUGCAAAAUGAAGCUUUUCCUCCUCGCAACAUUUGUAGCAACCAUCUGCUGUGUCAAUGCAGGCAAGAAACAGAGGAUGAUGGCAGCAAUGAACGGAGGAAUGAUGCCAGGCAUGAAUGGAGGAAUGAUGCCAGGUAUGAAUGGAGGAAUGAUGCCAGGUAUGAACGGCGGAAUGGCAAACGGAGCAGUCCCUGGAAUGAUGGCUGGAGGCCUGAACCCACCCAUGGGAGCUGCUGCUGGAGCAGGUUUCUUUGGGCAGCCGCAGUUUGCUCAGUUUGUUCCCGGCGUUCCUGCGUUUGCUGUACCGCCCCCCGUUCCCAACGUGUACACUGUCCCUGCAGCCAAUGCGCUUCCUUUCAUUGGAGUCCCUCAAAUGGCACCAAUGAAUCCUCCGCAGCAGCCCCUGGUGGGACUCACAGGUGGUGCCGUGCAACAGCAGCUUCCUCUUCAGCCUGAUCCACUUAGAAGAUUCAGGCGUCAGAUUGUGAAACAGGACAACACCUUAAAGACCACUGUGGAUACUCAGAUUCCAGCUCCUACUGAAACAACGACAACAACUCCCUGUGACGAAGAAGAUCAUCAUGAAGAUUAUUAAGAUGAGACUGUUAACAAUAGCUUUUAAUCAAAUAUGCAAGAUUGAUCAAAGUGAUAAUAAAACUUGACUUAUAUGAUUUUGUCUAUCACCAAUGAUCAUGGAAGCUUUUUGUGUUAUGCAUGAUUUUGAAACUCACUUUUUUCCGAAUGAAUCGCCAUAGAAAACAUUUGAUGGAUGUACUGUACAUGUUAACUGUACAAUGAAAAUAAAUGACACUAAAUUUAAA